UGUUUGAUUGUGUCUUCCGUCGAAAUUCAUUUUCGGAGGCGAUGAAAAUGAAAGUAAUUCAUGAAAGAAGUUUAGUGUUAUAUAUUUAAUUAUAUGUACUUCAGAAUUGAGAAGGAAGACAUUGAACGAUGAUAAGAAAAGCAGUUUUCUCAAAUAUGGCCUUUACAUUUAUUUUAAAAACGAGUCCCAACGUAACUCGUUUAAUGGGUUCAAGAGAGCAAAUUGUGUUACCACAAGGUGAAGGAUCGGAUGGUUCCAUAAAAAUAGGAAACAGCAUUGAACCUGUAAAAAUGGCAUAUACAUCUUAUGAAUCAACAAAGCCAUCAUUCAUACCAACAGAUUGCCCUGUUAUCAUAAUGCAUGGUUUACUUGGCUCGAAGGCAAAUUGGAAUGCCAUAUCAAAGAUUUUGCACAGUAACACUAAGAGAAAGGUCCUUGCAGUGGAUGCUCGUAAUCAUGGAGACAGUCCACAUACUACUGAGCUGACAUACAACCACCUAGUAGAAGACUUAAGAGCGUUAAUGAUUGAUCUUGCUAUUGAACGAGCAACGCUCAUUGGCCACAGCAUGGGUGGACGAGCUAUGAUGCUUAUGGCCCACAGAUAUCCAGAAUUGGUGGAAAAGUUAGUUGUUGUUGACAUCUCUCCAGUUGCUGUUAGUCCUGGUUUGUUCACCAUGCCUAAGUAUUUUGAAGCAAUGAUGUCAGUGAAGCUUGUUAAAAAUAUUCCAUUGUCAAAGGUUCGCAGAAUGGCAGAUGAGCAGUUGGCUAAAUCUGUGUUGGAUUCAGGAACACGCCAAUUUUUAUUGACAAACUUAGUGGAAGCUGAAGGAGGUCAUUACAAAUGGAGAGUCAAUCUGGAUUCUAUUACCCGUAAUUUUAAUAACAUUGCUACCUUCCCAACUGUAGGCACUUCUUGUUCAGUUCCUACACUAUUCAUUGUAGGAGCAAAUUCAGAUUAUGUUAGGUACCUUGCCACUGGCUGCAGUUUUCCUGACCUACAUUACACAUACAGAAUUGGAGUUUCAACUGCAAGGACCAUUGUCUGAGAUGAAUGCAGAGCCAUGUGGUUUGUCAUGCCAUCGGAAUGCAUUCCUGUACCUACCAAGGAAAAAUGGAAAUCUGUCGCUUCUGGUUUCGAAAGAAAUGGCAAUUUCCCCAACUGCAUUGGAGCGGUAGAUGGAAAGCACAUUUGAAUAAUAUGUCCCAAUAAUAGUGGCUCCAUGUACUGGAAUUAUAAAGAUUAUUUUUCAGUUAUAUUGAUGGCAGUUGCCGACUGCAACUUCCGCUUUGUACAUGUAAACAUUGGGAGCUAUGGGAAAGACUGCGAUUCCACUAUUUUUAAGUGCUCUGCAUUGUGGAAAUCAAUUCUUACAGGCACUCAUGAUCUACCCGAACAGAAGAGUUUACCAGGGAUGGAGGGUCCAGCUGUACCAUUUGUCUUGGUGGGAGAUGAGGCUUUUGCACUACAUAAGCACUUAUCGUGGCCUUUUGGUGUGUCACAGCUAAGUGACCAAAAAAAUUUUCAACUAUCGCCUGAGUAGAUCUCAUAGGUUUCUUGAAUGCCAGUUUGGAAUUUUGAGUAACACGUGGCAUAUCUUACACAGCGAUUAAUGUUGAGCCAGAUUUAGGAGCUGACAUUGUGAAGGCUUGUGUGGUCUUACAUAAUUUCAUAAGGGACAGAU